AUGAUUAUGAAAGGUGUUGCUGUGGUCCUGGUAUCAUUCCUUUCUCUGUCCUUCACUUCUCCUCCUCCUCCUCCUCCUGAUGUCCUCAAAUGGACUGAACUUGAAGUUGGGAUGAUGUACUCGUAUGACAUGGUCUCCUUCACUAGCCAAACAACUAGCAACACUCAAUACUUCUGUCUUGGGGUGGGAGGCAGUGGAGGCUCCCUUCCUCCUCCCUCUCUCUUCAACCCGUCUGCCAUUGAUACUGACAACUGGUUAGAUGCAGCAGCAGCCAUUAGAGCCAAAUAUGCAGUCCUGGUAGCACAGCAUUGCAGCGGGUUUAGCAUGUGGCCGACUGACAUUAAGAAUGAAACCGGGUUCGAAUACACUUACAGCAUUAAGAACUCUCCACUCAGUAAAAGAGGAUUUGAUAUUGUAAAGGCUUUCAUUGACAGCUGCAAGUCACACAACAUACUCCCAGGAAUAUACUACAGCCUAAACCAGAACUAUUAUCUCAAUGCUGGACGAGGUAUAGUGCAAAACUCACAGCUGGUGCCAGGACAGGCGAAAGUAUCUCAAGAUCUUUAUGGUCAAAUUGUCCUGGCUCAAAUGAAAGAACUUUGGAGUAACUAUGGGGAACUGGCGGAGAUAUGGUUUGAUGGAGGCUGCUCUGUUCCUGGAAUUUCAGAUAACAUCUCUUCACUUCUUGAAUCGCUCCAACCUCAUGCUGUUUAUUUUGGAGGAUGUGCCAAGUCAAACAACCUCCGCUGGGUAGGCACUGAGUCAGGAAGACCAAGCUAUCCAAUAUGGAGCACUGCUAUGGACUGUAGAGCAGGAACAGGUGACCCUAAAGGCAACGUAUUCUGUCCAGCAGAAUCAGACACCACACUGCACACCAGUGGACAAUGGUUCUGGAGGGAAGGGGACGCCAUUAAGAGUUUAAGUGACUUACAAACUACAUACUACAGGACAGUAGGUCAGAAUACCAACUUGCUCCUCAAUGCAGCUCCUAAUGAUAAAGGUUUGAUUGAAGAAGGAAGCAUGGAAAGGUAUAAAGAGUUUGGGUCGUGGAUUGAUUUGUGUUUUAAUGCUCAGCCUGUCAUCAAAACAAGCGGAAAAGGUAAAAUAAUUCGACUUAUUUCAGCAGCUGGUCAGCCGUUCAGAUUCAACAAUAUAAUAAUCCAAGAGGAUCAAACUAACGGACAAGUUGUUACUCAGUUCUCAGUCUACAAUCCAAUGUAUAAUGGAACAGUAUCUAUAUACAAUGGGACCUCCAUUGGACAUAAAAUCAUCAUUCAUCUAACUGAUGAUCUCUGGCCUUCACACGAGCUUGUACUCAAUAUAACACAGGCAGCUGCUGUGGAGCCAGCCAUUACUAACUUUGCCGCCUAUAGCUGUCAUGCUUAA